AUGGUAGCACUCUGGCCCCGCCUCUCCCAGCAGCAAGCCUAUCAGGAGGCUCAGGCUGCCAGGUGGGGGCGGGGCUUCGGGGCCGCGCGAGCCGGCUUGAUAAAGGAGCAGCGGCGGCGGCGGCGUGCGCGAGCCCCUGGCCCACGUACCAUUGGGCUGCAGCGCGGGGGGUGAAGGCAGCGGGCCGAGCGAGCGGAACCAAUCGUAUUCCUGCUGGAGGGCAUAUUUAAGACAAAAAUGGCAAUUGUAAAGAACUUGAGCAGAACCCUUAGUCAGUUGCUACAGAGCCCCGGUUGUGGAUGUCAGACUUCCAUUGUGCCAGUUAGAUGUAUUGGUGUCUCACCACGUCAGGUGACCUCAGAUGCCAGCUUUCAUUCAGUAUCUUUUUCAGAGACUGAUCAUCCUCGAGUGUUAAUUACAGGGGGCCUGGGCCAACUUGGGGUGGGACUCGCUAAACUCUUGAGGAAGCGUUUUGGGAAAAACAACGUGAUCCUGUCUGACAUUAGAAAACCACCAGAUGAUGUCUUUUAUAAUGGUCCUUUUAUCUACUCUGAUAUCUUGGACUACAAGAAUCUCCGUGAGAUAGUGGUGAACAACCGAAUUACUUGGCUGUUUCAUUAUAGUGCUUUGCUCAGUGCUGUUGGAGAAGCAAAUGUGCCUUUGGCCAGAGCUGUAAACAUUACUGGUUUGCACAACAUUCUAGAUAUUGCAGCCGAGCAUAGUUUGAGACUCUUUGUCCCUAGCACCAUUGGAGCCUUUGGACCCACCUCUCCCCGAAACCCAACUCCGGAUCUCUGCAUUCAGAGACCCAGGACAAUCUAUGGAGUCUCCAAGGUUCAUGCUGAGCUCAUGGGAGAAUACUACCACUACAGGUAUGGGCUAGACUUCCGAUGUCUGAGGUAUCCUGGAAUUAUCUCUGCUGACUCUCAGCCUGGUGGGGGAACAACUGACUAUGCAGUCCAGAUUUUCCAUGAUGCCAUCAAGAAUGGCCAAUUCCAGUGCAACUUAAAAUCAGACACACGCCUCCCAAUGAUGUAUAUCGAUGACUGCCUGAAGGCUACACUAGCUGUUAUGGAAACACCUGCAGCUUCACUUAGCAUGAGGACUUACAACAUCAGUGCCAUGAGCUUCUCUCCUGAAGAGCUGGUGCAAGAGGUCAAGAAGCAUAUUCCUGAGCUCCAGGUGACCUACAAUGUGGAUGCUGUCAGGCAAGCCAUUGCUGACAGUUGGCCGAUGAAGUUUGAUGACAGCAAUGCCCGGCGGGAUUGGGGAUGGAAACAUGACUUCGAUCUUUCUGAACUGGUGACCACAAUGUUUAACAUCCUUGGCUCUGACUCCAGGGUAGCCCAGAUUAACUGA